UGUGAUUGGAGGAGACGAAGCCAAUAGACGCCUGGACCGGCACGUGUUGUUGUUGUUGUUGAGAGGACGUCACCAAGAUGCUGGAUGCUCUCUACAGUCUCCCGUUCUUCGUACUGGAGCUGCCCAAGCUCAAGUUGAAGAAGCCAUCAUGGAUCACCAUGCCCUCACCCAUGGUCGUCUUUGCCUUCAUCCUCCUGUCGUACUUCCUGGUGACUGGAGGUAUAAUUUAUGAUGUGAUUGUUGAACCACCAAGUGUUGGCUCCACCACAGAUGAGCAUGGUCAUUCACGGCCAGUUGCUUUCAUGGCAUAUCGAGUAAAUGGGCAGUACAUUAUGGAAGGGUUGGCAUCAUCAUUCAUGUUUGCCCUAGGCGGUAUUGGUUUCAUUGUUCUUGACCAAACCCAUUCUCCCUCGACACCCAAGCUUAAUCGCAUUCUUCUCAUCAUUAUUGGCUUUGCCUGUAUCAUCAUUGCAGCUAUUGCUUGCUAUGCAUUUAUGAAGAUCAAACUUCCAGGGUAUCUAAUGAGCUGAAGAGCUCUUGGAUUAAUUCAAGACACCCAUGAAUGUACCUGCCAUAGGUUUUGGAUACUAUUACCUGUAGAAAGUGGCUUGUACAUUAUCAUGAAACAUCUUGAUGUGACCAAAGUGGAUUUCAUCACAUCAUGCUUUCUUUGUGUCUUAUAUUUUUAUUUUAAUAUUUUCACUUCUGUUAAAUUUAAUAAAGGUUUAGUUAAUUUAAAAAUAAAUAUAGUAUCAUUGAGAGCUUAUUUUUGGGUAUGGAAUAAUUGUCAUAAAAACAUACAAUAAAUUGAAUUAUCACGUA